AUGGCUCUAAGUAGCCUGGUCAACGUCAACUGGGGGGAUGUGCCAUUGCAGACUGCAUUGUUUGCACUAUUGAUAUUGGCUCUGGGAUAUCCGGCACUGGUCAUUACUUACAACCUCUGCUUUCACCCUCUUCGCAAGGUUCCUGGCCCAAAGCUGUGGGCAGCAACACUCUUGCCCGCCUACUACAAUCGUAUCCGCGGCACUGCAAUCUUUAGGAUCAAGGAGCUCCAUGACCAGUAUGGGCCCGUUGUCCGCGUGGCACCAGAAGAACUCAGUUUUAUCGAUGCCCAAGCAUGGAGAGAUAUUUAUGGAUACAACACCACCAAGACUGUUGCUUUUGAGCGAGAUGAGUUGCAGGCCGGUCCCGAGGAAGCUGGAACGCCAGGUCUGCUCCGAUCCAAGGGUGAGCAGCACAAUCGGCUAAGACGAACUCUGAACCACGCUUUCUCCGACAAAGCUCUGAAGCAGCAGGAACCACUCAUCAAGAAGUAUACUGAAAUGCUCAUCUCUGUGUUGAACAGGCGAGCAGGGUUACAGCAGAGCAACCCUGACCACCACGAUGCCCGGAUCAACAUGGUUGAGAUGUAUCACUUCACAACGUUCGAUACCAUGGCGGAUUUGAGCUUUGGACAGCCUUUGGGACUUUUGAAGGAGGAGAGAUACAGUCCAUGGGUGGCAUUUCUUCUUUCACACAUAAAGUCUGUAGCUUACAUGCACGCGAUUGCCAGAUGGCCACUUCUGGCACAAAGUGUCAAGUACCUGAUCCCCAAGAAGGUCAAAGAGGGGCGCCAGGAAUUUUUCGGAUACUGCGUUGCCAAAGUCGACGAACGCAUGGCAACGCAAACAGAAAGACCAGAUUUCUGGACUUUUCUUGUCAAGAAUCAGGCCGAGAAGGGCAUCACUCGGCAAGAGAUGUAUGCGGUCGCCAGUGACUUCAUGGUGGCAGGCACUGAGACCACUUCAACACUAUUAUCUGGCGCCACCUGGUAUCUCUGCAAAAAUCCGGAUAAGAUGAAAAAGCUGUGCGAUGAAAUCCGAAGUUUUGGGAGUGCCGAUGAACUCACUUUGCAGUCACUGCAGAAUACAGUCUAUCUCUCUGCUGUUCUCCAGGAGGCUCUCCGUGUAUACCCAGCAGUGCCCGCUGGUGGCAUGCGACUUGUACCCAAGGAAGGGUACACGAUUUGCGGAAACUUCUAUCCUGGAUAUUCAGGCCCUUUCGCCUCUGGUCGGGUGACAUGCUCGGUCAUGCCUUAUGUGGCAAACCACUCAGCUUAUAACUUUCACAACCCAGACGAAUUUGUUCCAGAGCGUUUCCUCCCUGGCUCACCAGCUGAGUACCGGGAUGACAAGAGGGCUGCCUUGAAGCCCUUCGGACACGGCCCACGAGUUUGCAUUGGUGAAAAUCUUGCAUGGCACAAUGCCCGCCUUAUCCUAGCCUCGGUCCUCUACCAUUUUGAUAUCAGUCUUUCCGAUGAGAAGGACGUAUGGGUUGAUCAGCCCAUUAUGGAGCUUUGGAUGAAGAAACCACUUCUGGUGAAAUUAACCCCGGUACAGCGGUAGAUGGUACUGCGGAACAGUUUGAACAGUCUACGAACUGCAGGCUUUUUGUGCUUAUCACAUAUUGGUUUUGGAGCUGCAACGUCUGACAAAAUCGUAGUGUGCCGCGAGUUUUA